GACUGAACCUCUCCCCCCGCCGCUCUAACCCUCCUAGCCGCCAACCAGAUCGGGGGGGAGUGAGGGCGAUGGCCAUCACGUGACAACACGCAGCCUCCCAAGCCCCUCCCCGCCCCAAGCUACACCGCGUUCGCGCAGAACGCCGCCAAUCAGAAACGAUCAGGUCUAGCCUUUGCCCAGCCCGCAGUCUAGCGCGAAUGCGCCUGCGCACAGGUGGGCAGGAAGGCGGGGCUAGGUUCUGGAGUAGAAGACUGUGACCUGCAGGUUACUCAGGACCACCCCUUCCCCUGUUGCGGGGAGUCAGCCGACGACGUGCACACUGCGCAGACGCCUCGCUGCAGUGGGCGUGAUCCGUGGAGAUCCCGCCCCUUCUUUCCUCCCGCCCCUACUCAGCUGCUCAGGCAGAAGCUGGGGCCCCACCGAAGUAGCAGCCAACGUCGGAGUAAGACCGGUGUCGUUUUAGGUCCCUGACACACCCACCUUGCCGCCUCCGUUCUGCAGAGGCCCCCAGCUGCCAGGCAAUAUGAAGCCUAAACUGAUGUACCAGGAGCUGAAGGUCCCUGUGGAGGAACCUGCGGGAGAACUGCCCAUGAAUGAAAUCGAGGCAUGGAAGGCAGCAGAGAAGAAAGCCCGCUGGGUCCUCCUUGUCCUUAUCCUGGCGGUAGUGGGCUUCGGUGCCCUGAUGACUCAGCUGUUUCUAUGGGAAUACGGGGACUUACAUCUAUUUGGCCCGAAUCAGCGCCCAGCCCCCUGCUAUGACCCCUGCGAGGCGGUGCUGGUGGAGAGCAUUCCUGAGGGGCUGGAGUUUCCCAAUGCCACCACAAGCAACCCCUCCACCAGCCAGGCCUGGUUGGGCCUCCUUGCCGGUGCUCACAGCAGCCUGGACAUCGCGUCCUUCUACUGGACUCUCACAAACAAUGAUACCCACACGAAAGAGCCCUCUGCCCAGCAGGGUGAAGAGGUUCUUCAGCAGCUUCAGGCUCUGGCACCUCGAGGUGUAAAGGUUCGCAUUGCUGUGAGCAAACCCAACGGACCUCUGGCUGAUCUGCAGUCUCUGCUACAGAGUGGUGCCCAGGUGCGCAUGGUGGACAUGCAGAAGCUGACCCAUGGUGUCCUGCACACCAAGUUCUGGGUGGUGGACCAGACCCACUUUUACCUGGGCAGUGCCAACAUGGACUGGCGGUCGCUGACCCAGGUCAAGGAGCUGGGCGUGGUCAUGUACAACUGCAGCUGCCUGGCUCGCGACCUCACCAAGAUUUUUGAAGCCUAUUGGUUCCUGGGCCAGGCAGGCAGCUCCAUCCCUUCAACCUGGCCACGGCCCUUUGACACCCGGUACAACCAAGAAACACCGAUGGAGAUCUGCCUCAAUGGCACCCCAGCUCUGGCCUACCUGGCGAGUGCACCCCCGCCACUGUGUCCAGGUGGCCGCACCCCAGACCUGAAGGCACUGCUCAGCGUGGUGGACAACGCCCGAAGCUUCAUCUACAUUGCAGUUAUGAACUACCUGCCCACCAUGGAGUUCUCCCAUCCACGCAGGUUCUGGCCAGCGAUUGAUGAUGGACUACGACGGGCUGCGUAUGAACGAGGCGUCAAAGUGCGCUUGCUCAUCAGCUGCUGGGGACACUCCGAGCCGUCCAUGCGGUCCUUCCUGCUCUCCCUGGCUGCCCUUCGUGACAACCAUACCCACUCUGACAUCCAGGUGAAACUGUUUGUGGUCCCUGCGGAUGAGGCCCAAGCUCGAAUCCCCUAUGCCCGCGUCAACCACAACAAGUACAUGGUGACUGAACGCGCCACAUACAUUGGAACCUCCAACUGGUCUGGAAGCUACUUCACAGAGACGGCAGGCACCUCCCUGUUGGUGACACAGAACGGGCACGGUGGCUUGCGCAGCCAGCUGGAGGCUGUUUUCCUGAGAGACUGGGAAUCCCCGUACAGCCACAACCUUGACACCUCAGCCGACAGUGUGGGCAAUGCCUGCCGCCUGCUUUGAGGCUCAGCUCGAUGGACAGGCCAAAGCCUUCCGGGCCCCCCCUGGACUCAGCACUGGGUCCUGGUUGCUGUCCCUGUGCCCUUGCUUCUGUCUAUCCCAUUGUGGCUCUGUACUCUCUACUACACUCCUGUGGCUACCUCCACCUCCACUGGUCUGACACUCUGGCCCCUGUGGACUUAGCAGAGCUGGGGGAGGAUCGGGCCCCAAAGAAGUGGGGGUGCAUGCUGGGCCCAGACCUUUGGCCCACCCCACAAAGGGGCCCAGAUUAUAAGUAAAUAAUUGUCUGUAUAGCCUGUGCUAAG